CUUUAUCAAGGGGCCCCACUUAAUUCGAUUCCUCUCUCCUUUCUUCUUCGUCCUCCAUCUCUCUCUCUCUCUCUUCUACAAAAGAAAAAUCCCCAAAUUCGAAAAAACCCUAGUUCUCUACCGAUAGAUCGUAAUCGAAUUCGGGAGGUGUAGAGGAACCGAUCAACAUGGGUAACACGGAUAAGCUGAUGAAUCAGAUAUUCGAUCUGAAAUUCACGUCCAAGUCUCUGCAGAGGCAGUCAAGGAAGUGCGAGAAGGAGGAGAAGGCGGAGAAACUCAAGGUGAAGAAGGCGAUCGAGAAGGGGAACAUGGAUGGUGCUCGGAUCUACGCCGAGAACGCCAUUCGUAAGCGUAGCGAGCAGAUGAACUAUCUUCGUCUCGCUUCUCGCCUUGACGCUGUUGUUGCUCGCUUAGACACCCAGGCUAAGAUGACCACGAUCACCAAGUCCAUGACCAACAUCGUCAAAUCCCUUGAGUCCUCGCUUGCCACAGGCAAUCUGCAGAAGAUGUCAGAGACGAUGGAUUCAUUUGAGAAGCAGUUUGUGAACAUGGAGGUCCAAGCUGAGUUCAUGGAGAACGCCAUGGCUGGUUCUACAUCAUUGUCCACUCCUGAAGGCGAUGUCAACAACCUGAUGCAGCAGGUAGCAGAUGACUAUGGUCUUGAAGUCUCUGUUGGACUACCUCAGGCUGCUGGUCAUACCAUACCUACUGCGACAGAGGAGAAAGUCGAUGAGGAUGAUUUGUCCAGGAGGCUUGCAGAGCUCAAGGCCAGAGGUUGAAUCAGCGAACCAACAAAACCAUGCUUGCUUGGACUAUCUUGCCACUUGGGGCGAGAUCCUUAUCGAAAUGUAACAACUAUUAUCUGCGAACACUAACGCAUUUGUGUAUAUUGCUCACUUUGAGAUAUGCUUUGUUUAUCAACUUUAUAUAAAAAAAAACUUGGUGUGUUUUCAGUUUUUACCAUUUCAGUGAUAUGCUUUCGUUUUGA